AUGGAAUCAAAUGAUGUUCGCUCUAUCAGGAUUUGGGGUAUGGGCGGCAUAGGCAAGACAAAAAUUGUGAGAGUUCUAUGUCAAAGAUACCGUCAUCGAUUUGAAGCUGGUUGUUUUCUUGAUGUUGGAACAAAUGGACUAACAUGGCUUGUACAAGUUGUCAUUUGCAAGGUCCUGGGUGAAGAUAUGACUCUAACUAGCAAACACGAUGGGGUGAUUAUUUUAGAGAAUAGGCUUCGUUGGAAGAAAGUUCUGUUCAUUCUCGAUGAUGUAAACCAUCGAGAACAACUGGAAUUUUUGGUUGGAGGGAUAGAGUGGUUUGGUAGCGGUAGCAAAAUUAUUUUAACAGCAAGAGACAAGCACCUAUUGACUAGUCUUGUUGGGGAUAAUGUGCAUGAAGUCCAAUUAUUAACUGAGGAUGAAGCUCUUGAAUUGUUCAGUAGGCAUGCUUUUAGAGAAAAAUCACCAAAGAAAGAUUUUAUGGAACUUUCAAGAGAAGUGGUGGAGUAUCUUUGGCGAACUUCCUUUAGCUCUUCAAGUUUUGGGUUCUUCUUUUUACAGACGCAACAAAGAGCAGUGGAGAGACAUGAUUAUUCGUCUGAAGAGAAUCCCUCCUAA